AAUUUGGAACGGACCGUUUUGAUUGGACGAAGCACUUACGUUUCUCUUCUCAAUUUUCGAUUUCAUCACAACCAAUUUACCUAGUUAUUGAAGAGAGCGCACUCGUUUUGGUUAUAUUCUGAACCGUACAUUUGUUUGGCAUGGAGGUCAUAUCUCUUGACGAGGAGCUUAUUUGCGCCGUCUGCCGUGACAUAUUUGUCGAGCCUGUGACUUUGCCCUGCGGUCAUAAUUAUUGUGAAGGCUGUGUGAAGCAGUUGAAAAGAUCUGCGGUGAAAGUCGAAAACAUCAAUGCCGAGGGUGGAUUCGAGAGACUGUGUAUAUGUUACACCUGUCCUCUUUGCCUUGCACCGUGCGAUUCAACGUUAAACUUGAAAAAUAACGUGGUACUUAACAACAUAAUUGAAAAGUACCACAGUAAACGUGCAAGCGGUGUCGACUGCACUGUUUGCAAAGGUGAUCAGAGGAUGUUCGCAGAAAAGAGUUGUGUCAGCUGCAAAGAGUCAUAUUGCACCGUCCACAUCAUACCACACUUAGAGAACGCUGUACUGCGCCAACACGUUCUGGUGAGCCCGAUGAGCGACACUGGCAGACUCUGCAAAGAGCACGGGAAGGAACAGGAACUUUACUGCGAGACAGACCAGACCCCCCUGUGUGCCUACUGCAUGCUACCUGCCGAGGCCAAGCACCUGGAUGGGCACAAUGUCGUGAAACUGGCAGAUGCGCUGGAUACUUUAAGGGAGAACUGUCACGUCAAACUUCAGGGUAUUAAAGAGAGGCUGACUGAAGUAAAGAAUGGCCUGGCAAAAGUUGAUGAAGCUGCUUCGCGUUCCAAGGCCAGUCUGGAGAGGCAGCAAAGUGAGUGCACAGCCUUCCUGCGCAGAAUCAAGCUGUUCCUGGAGUUUGAGGAGCAGGCGUGGCAGAAGAGGUUCUCUGUGGACAUGGUGCAGGAGAGCAGGAAUGGGAAGCAGCGGACAGAGGGGCUGAGGAGGCUGCAGGACAGGCUGACACAGGCACAGGACACCCUGCUGAAGACUCAGACCAUCAGUGACCCCCUGGUGCUUCUCCAGCUCUUGAAGAAUGAGGAGUGGGCAGACCUGCUUCAAAGGGACUUUUGUUCCCGUCAGAUGCAGAAGCUUAGUAAUUGGAGUGGAACCAAGCGUGUGGCUUCAUCUAGAAUCACCCCCCUAUUCCAGACUCUCCAGAAAACAUUUCAAGGAGAUGUCAUUUUCUUUUCUGAAUUAAGUGCCCACCCUAAACUGAAGUUGGACCCUGACUCUGGCUCUGUGUGGGUGACUGAGGAGGACCAGCGACAUGAUGAACCAUGCUAUCUUGAUCGGCCUUACUGUGUGAUGGGAGUCAUUAUCUCCUCCAAGGGUGUGCACAAUUGGGAGGUGGAAGUAGAGGGGCUCUCCUCUUGGGCCGUCGGUGUAGCUUUCCUUGGCCCAUCCCAGAUUGCGGUGACCUGCAAGCUCGGCACUGAUGACCAGUCAUGGAGUCUGAGUUACAGCAAGAGCAAGCAGCAGUUCUCUGCCCAGCAUGACUGGCUGGCAUUUGCGUUCCAUGCACCGGACUCCAACCCACCCAGACGGAUUGGGGUCUUUCUGGAUGUGGACAGUGGAAUCCUGAGCUUCUAUGAUGCAGUGAGAAUGGCGUGUCUCUACACUUUCUACUGUACCCUGGAUCAGGAUUCAGCCAGCCAAACUUACCUCAGACCAGCCUUCUGCCCUAGGCUGAAGGAGGAUGACCAGCCACUGUCGACUAAGCCAAUGAGGGUGCUGCGCCCAGUCUCAAACUUUUAGGCACUACAACCAACACGGUAUCCUUCACACUAAUACUUUCACUAGCAGCUAGCUAGCAUGCUUUUCUUUUUGUUCCAAAUGCUUAGUUUGAAACACUGACCAUUGAAUUGUUUGAAAUGUAAGAAAAUAUGGAGAACCUGUUUUUGUAAAUCCACUCAAACUGUUACACAGCUUAAAAUGACCCUACAGUUAGGCAAAAUCCCCAAAUCUAGUAAAUUGUCGGAGCCUUUGAAUGUCUUGUAAGUGAACUAAUUAGAUAAAUAUAUGCAGUGUGCAUAGUAGAGGUUGACCGAUUUCAUCGGAAUGGCUGAUUUAAUUAGGGCCGAUUUUUCAAGUUUUCAUAACAAUCGGUAAUUUUGGAUGCCGAUUUUGCCGAUUU